CGGUCAUCCAGCGGGGAGGGGCUCCAGCCACCCGGGGGCAGCCGCUACCCAGGGGACCGCGACCAGAAGAGGAGCCGAAAGCGUAGCUGACCCUCGCCGGCCCGGCAGGGGACGGUGACCACCACCAUGCAGACGUGCGCCAGGGCCUGGGGACUGCGUCUGGGUUGCAGAGUCGGGGGCGGCCGCCGCCUGGCUGGAGGCGCGGGGCCUCGUUGGGCGCCGUGCGGCCGUGACAGCAGUAGCGGCGGCGGGGAUAGCGGCGGGGCUGGGGCCUCGCGCCUCCUCGAGCGCCUCCUGCCCAGACACGACGACUUUGCUAGGAGGCAUAUCGGCCCCGGGGACAAAGACCAGAGGGAGAUGCUACAGGCCCUGGGGCUGGCGAGCAUUGAUGAACUGAUCGAGAAGACCGUCCCCGCCAGCAUCCGCUUGAAAAGACCCUUGAAAAUGGAUGACCCAGUCUGUGAAAAUGAAAUCCUUGCAUCUCUGCAUGCCAUUUCCAGCAAGAACCAGAUCUGGAGAUCAUAUAUUGGCAUGGGCUAUUAUAACUGCUCAGUGCCACAGACAAUUUUGCGGAACUUACUGGAGAACUCAGGAUGGAUCACCCAGUAUACUCCGUACCAGCCAGAGGUAUCUCAGGGGAGACUGGAGAGUUUACUCAAUUACCAGACCAUGGUGUGUGACAUCACAGGCAUGGACAUGGCUAAUGCAUCCCUGCUGGAUGAGGCCACCGCGGCUGCAGAGGCAAUGCAGCUCUGCCACAGACACAACAAGAGGAGGAAGUUUUUUGUUGACCCUCGUUGCCACUCACAGACAAUAGCUGUCGUCCAGACUCGAGCCAAGUAUGCCGGAGUCCUCAUUGAGCUGAAGUUACCCCAUGAAAUGGACUUCAGUGGAAAAGAUGUCAGUGGAGCGCUGUUCCAGUACCCAGACACCGAGGGGAAGGUGGAAGACUUCACGGAGCUCGUGGAGAGAGCCCAUCAGGCUGGGAGCUUGGCCUGCUGUGCUACUGACCUUCUAGCUCUGUGUAUCCUGAGGCCUCCCGGAGAAUUUGGGGUGGACGUUGCCCUGGGCAGCUCACAGAGAUUUGGGGUGCCUCUGGGCUAUGGCGGACCACAUGCAGCCUUUUUUGCUGUCAGAGAAAGUUUGGUGAGGAUGAUGCCUGGAAGAAUGGUGGGGGUAACAAGAGAUGCCAGUGGAAAAGAAGUGUAUCGUCUUGCUCUUCAAACCAGGGAGCAACACAUCCGGAGAGACAAGGCUACCAGCAACAUCUGUACAGCUCAGGCUCUCUUGGCGAAUAUGGCUGCAAUGUUUGCAAUCUACCAUGGGUCCCACGGACUGGAACAUAUUGCUAGGAGGGUACAUAAUGCCACUUUGAUUUUGUCUGAAGGUCUCAAGAGAGCAGGACACCAACUCCAGCACGACUUGUUCUUUGACACUUUGAAGAUUCAGUGUGGCUGCUCAGUGAAGGAGGUCUUGGGCAGGGCUGCUCAGCGGCAAAUAAAUAUUCGGCUGUUUGAGGAUCACACACUUGGUAUUUCUCUUGAUGAAACAGUCAAUGAAAAAGAUCUGGAUGACUUGCUGUGGAUCUUCGGCUGUGAGUCAUCUGCAGAGCUGGUUGCUGAAAGCAUGGGUGAGGAACAGAGAGGUAUUCUAGGGACUGCCUUCAAGAGAACUAGUCCAUUCCUCACACAUCAGGUGUUCAACAGCUAUCACUCAGAAACAAAUAUUGUCCGAUAUAUGAAGAGAUUGGAAAACAAAGACAUUUCCCUUGUUCAUAGCAUGAUUCCGCUGGGGUCCUGUACCAUGAAGCUCAACAGUUCAUCUGAACUCACACCUAUCACAUGGAAAGAAUUUGCAAACAUACACCCCUUUGUGCCUCUGGACCAAGCUCAAGGGUACCAGCAGCUUUUUCGAGAACUUGAGAAGGAUUUGUGUGAACUCACGGGCUAUGACCGAAUCUCUUUCCAGCCUAACAGCGGAGCCCAGGGGGAAUACGCUGGGCUGGCCACUAUCCGAGCCUACUUAGACGGGAAAGGAGAGAGACACAGAACAGUUUGCCUCAUUCCAAAAUCCGCACAUGGAACCAAUCCUGCAAGUGCACACAUGGCAGGCAUGAAGAUUCAGCCUGUGGAGGUGGAUAAAUACGGGAAUAUCGAUGCAGCUCACCUCAAGGCUAUGGUAGAUAAACACAAGGAGAACCUGGCAGCAAUCAUGAUUACGUACCCAUCCACCAAUGGAGUGUUUGAAGAGAACAUCGGAGAUGUGUGUGACCUGAUCCAUCAACACGGAGGACAGGUCUACCUGGACGGAGCAAAUAUGAAUGCUCAGGUGGGACUCUGUCGUCCUGGAGACGUUGGGUCUGAUGUCUCACACCUAAAUCUUCACAAGACCUUCUGCAUUCCCCAUGGCGGAGGUGGCCCUGGCAUGGGGCCCAUCGGAGUGAAGAAGCAUCUUGUCCCUUUUCUGCCUAAUCAUCCCAUCAUUUCGGUAAAGCCAAGUGAAGAUGCCCGGCCUUUGGGUACCGUCAGCGCGGCCCCAUGGGGCUCCAGUUCCAUCUUGCCCAUUUCAUGGGCUUAUAUUAAGAUGAUGGGAGGCAAGGGCCUUAAACAGGCCACAGAAAUUGCUAUAUUAAAUGCCAACUACAUGGCCAAGAGAUUAGAAAAACACUACAGAGUCCUUUUCCGGGGUGCAAGAGGAUAUGUGGCUCAUGAGUUUAUUUUGGACACAAGACCCUUCAAAAAGUCUGCAAAUAUUGAGGCCGUCGAUGUGGCCAAGAGGCUUCAGGAUUAUGGAUUUCAUGCCCCUACCAUGUCCUGGCCAGUGGCAGGCACUCUCAUGAUUGAGCCCACUGAGUCGGAAGACAAGGCAGAGCUGGAUAGGUUCUGCGAUGCCAUGAUCAGCAUUCGGCAGGAAAUCGCCGACAUUGAGGAGGGCCGCAUCGACCCUAGGGUCAAUCCACUGAAGAUGUCUCCACACUCGUUGACCUGCGUCACAUCCUCCCACUGGGAUCGGCCGUAUUCCAGAGAGGUGGCAGCAUUCCCACUUCCCUUCGUGAAACCAGAAAACAAAUUCUGGCCAACCAUUGCCCGGAUUGAUGACAUCUAUGGAGAUCAGCACCUGGUUUGUACCUGCCCACCCAUGGAUGUUUACGAGUCCCCAUUUUCUGAACAGAAGAGGGCCUCUUCUUAAUCUUCUCUCCCUAAGUUCAAGUGAC